UGCUCAAUGUUUCGAAGAUCAUGAUGAGAAUGUGGACAAACUUCGCUAUUUCAGGAUCGCCGAACAACCCCGUGAGUCUGGAGAAUGUGUACCCCGGACUGCAUUGGCCAGAGUUCGGCGCCGGAAAGGGUCAGUAUCUUGAUAUCGAGCCGCGCAUGUCCGCCAACUCGAGAGGCGAGCGCCUAGCCGCUCGGGCAGACCGCUUCUGGAACAAAAUUGUUCCCGAUCUGCAGGCCAGCACCAGAGGAAAUAUUUGUCUGUAGAUAAUCCUUUUUUCAUUUUUCGGAAUGUUCAUUUAUACAAAACGUAC